AUGAAUUCAUUAAUAAAUGAAACUCAAAUGCAACAACAAUCAUUAACCAACAAAAAAGAUUCUUCUUCUUCUUCUUCUUCUGAAUCAUCAAUCAUGAUGAUGAUGGAAUUGGAUACAAACGAUGAUGAUGAUGAUGAUACAGAUUUAAAUCAUCAAAGCAUCUAUCAAUCAAUAUUAAAUAAUAAUAGUUUGAUUAAACCAAUGGUGGCUGUACCUCAAUCCUCUUCGUCUUCAUUUCAAAUAUCAGUUGAUUAUAACAACUAUUUCGAUGAAAGUACUACUACUGACUUGGAGCUAGAAUCAUCAUCAUCAUCAUAUAUGGAUAUUGUUAAACAAGUACAUUUACCAAGAGAAGUUUGGAUCAUUGUUUUGGGAUACUUGAGUGAAAGAGAUUUAAUAAUGAUAUCCUAUGUUGACCAUUCACUCAACUAUCUGUCACAAGACAAUUAUCUUUGGAAAUCAUUGUAUCUCAGAAAAUGGAACGUAGUCACACUUCCACAUCGAUCAAAGUUGACACUGGAUCUAAACGAUCCUACAACUCAUUCCCAAGUUUUUUUCUCUCCAUCGAGUUAUAUUAAAUUGUUAGAUUUGAACAAAUCACCAUACUCUUCACCACAAUCAAGAUCUAAUAUUAGAAUUAAUAAUAAUCAAAAUAAUCAAAAUAAUAAUAAUCAAAAUAAUAAUGUAAAUUAUUUAAAUAAUCAAUUCCACUCGAAUAAUUAUUUUCAUGAUAGUUAUGAUGAAAACAAACUUAGUUCAUCGAUUAAAAGGGUACACGAGAAAGGCAAUGAUGACAAUGUACACCAUUACUCUCAAUCCACUCCCAAUGGAGCACCACUACUUCGAUUCUACCUCUUCCACUGGCAAAACUACCUCUACUCGAUCAAACGAAUCAAUAUCGUCUUUAGAUACUAUCACCGUGACUGGGUCAGCAAACAAGGUGAAGAGUUUAACUCGAGACCUCUAAGCUUCCAUUCAAAAGGUUCGACAUGGUGGAAGAAACUAUUACACGGUUCUGAAAGCGAGAUUUCAAUUGUACAUCUAGCCACCAUGAUGGCUCGAGGUUGGUUGACCGUUCUAUUGUCAGGACUAGAGUUUCACGACAACUAUAGUUCGCCUAAUCGUCAACAUACAGAACCUCAACUAGUUCCUCAGCAACAACAAGAUGCAAUGGAUUUUGAACCACUCAAUGGAGCGGUAAAUGAAACUCUACUUAAUCCAGCAGCAUUUAUCCAACCAUCUGCAAGACACCAAGCAAAUCCAGAAUCACCAGUCAUUUCACAAUUUAGAAAUCCACCAGUAUCACCACUAUUACACGCGCAAAUCUCCUCUUCUGAAAAGAAUCCAUUCCUAGAGAACCGACUAGUCGAGUCUAUCCAAAUAUGCUCAAAAGACCAACACUUUGACUUGGUCUACUCUUUCCUCAUUUCAAUACUACAUCUCCAAGAAUAUUUGAUGUUUGUUGGCGACGAAUCACCUUCACUCCAUCCUAUUCAACAUCCAUCUUUUCUUAUCAUUGGAGACCAAAACUUUAUGGACAAUCAUAGACAUAGUGAAUACCAUCAUGUUUCAGAUUGGGAGUUUGGUAGCACCAUCUCUGGCAUGUCACCUAUCCAAUCGUCACGGUGCCCCUACUGUACCUUUAAUCCCAAUCCCCCUCAAAUGUGUGACAAAACAAUGAACAAACUAGUCUCUAAAUGUAUUUCAUUUUUACAACCAUCCAAUCAAUUAAAUAAACAAAAAAUGAAUCCAUAA